UUUUGGCAGCCAUUAGAUGGUGACUGGUGGGAUCCCCUGACUUGCACGCCUGGUCGUUCUCAUGAAAAAUUGAAUGCACCUCUUCCUAAGAUUCUGUGAUCUUUCUUUUUCGAUCUCUCCCUCCUUCCUCUUGUAGUGAUCCAAGAGCAGUAAUAACUAAACAAUGAUAAUAUUAUAAUACAAGAAAGAGGCAGCAACCUUUUGAAGUUUUCACCACCACCAUCACGUCAAAUUCCUUGGAGGAGGAGGAGAAGUUGAGCAAUUAAAGUUGGCAGUCGCUACAUUGAUGGUGACCCGGCGGCAAUUUAAUUUUGAAGCCCAGGGCAAUUGAAUGUGGAGAAGAACUGAUGAGAAGAUUAUUUCAGAGGAUGAGGGCCUUCAACCGUGGUUGUUGCACCUCGCAGGAAUAGUUGAGGGAGCUCUGUUGUUUGUUGGCCGGUUGGUUGAUUGGCUGAGGAAAGGGAAGGGCUCUAGUGUUUGGUAUAAAAAGGAAAAUCAAGAGAGGAUUGCAUGUGGGUAGUUUUGAUUUUGAUUCAACUUGAUCAGGUGGUCUUUAAAAAAGUCUUUUGAGGGUGGUUUCUGAUUCUUUGUAGCUGGGUUUGAGAAGCGGAAGUUGGUUUUUGUUCUUUAGUGUUCUUUGGGGUGUAUCUUUUCUUUUUCGUUUUCUUCUUUUUGUCUGCGGUUGUUGAGAAAUUUGAAGGAUGCAGGACUUGUAUGUGCAUCUGUGUCUUUGAAGUGGUUGCACGAGUGUAUAGAAGCGUUUCCCACAACCCGGAAGAGCAGUGGAGUGAAAGUGGGAGGAAAUCAGGAAAGAGAUAAGCUUGUGAGGAGUUAAUUUGCUCCUUAGGUUGGUUAGGUGGACUUCCUCUCAACUCUUUUCCAGAGAAGGAAUGGUGGGAAAUGGUGGAUGGGAGCUGAUGAUUUCUGGAUUUAUUGCCUGAGAAGCUGCACGAACAGAGAAAAUGGUGGCGGCAAUUUGCGGCACCACAGCUAGCCAAGGAGGUCAAGAAAUGAAAGGCAGCAGCAGGAAUCUGCUGGUCGGAAUCAGGCUGGAUGGCGAAGGCCAUGAAUUACUGUCCUGGGCCAUCUUUAAGGUGGCAGAACCAGGAGACAGUAUCAUUGUUCUUCAUGUUUUCAAGGAUUCAGGUUUGUCUACCAAGAACAAGAUGACUACCCUCUGCUUGACUAAAUCGUUGGACAGUUUCCUUGCCUCGUAUGAUAGUUUCUGCACUAUGAGGAAGGUCAGUCUUGUUGGUAGGCUAUGCCGCGGCAAGUCGAUCCGGAAUGUCCUAGUCCAGGAAGCAAAAGAAUGUGCAGCCAUUUCUGUAGUCUUAGGAGUCUGCAGAACCUCCCUUGGAUUGUCCGUUUCAAUGGCGAAGUACUGUGCCAAGAGGUUACCUUCUCAUACAUCUGUAAUGGCCGUUCACAACGGGAAGAUCAUGUUUCUGUCCAAUGAAUCGAAGAAGAAAGCAGGAAUAGUCAGAUCAGACGUAGUUUCAAAGCCAAGUGCAAGCAAGACUCUGGCUAGUCUUUUUGAGGAUUCAAAAACCGACGAUCCUAAUUGCCCUCAAGACCUGGAGUCGAAUGAUGGGGAGGUGGUUGAGAAUGCAGGCUUCAGUCAGAGUACUGAGAGCAGAUCCACUAGCUCAGGCAUAACUUUUGGUGCUUCACCUGUUAAUUUUGAUUUCUCACUGCAACUGGAUGACAGUGAAAGUGGGGAUUUCUCCAUUAGCCGUAGCAGCAGAUCUGGCUCAGAGGCCUUAUCCUCAAACCGCAACAGCAAAUCUGAUUUACUGGAAGACGGCAGAUCCGAUUCAUUCAUGUGUGAAUCUCAAAGAGAAACUGAGUCCAUUGACAUUGAAGAUGCCCAUGAAGAGGCAAUGGAAGAAGCUCCAGGGUUGGUGACUCUUCUUGUAAGGAAAUUUCCAGAACAUCCAGGUUGGCCGCUUCUUAGAAAAGCAACUGUUUUGGGCAUGGAAGGGCUACAUAGUCCGGAGGCAAGGAAGAUGCCAGUGGUUCAGUGGGCAUUACAAUUGCCUAACAGAUCCCCACUCGGCAGCCCUUGGCACAGUUAUUCCCUUGAGAAAGCUGACGCCAAUGAAAGGGACCAGCGAACUGAUCUUUCCAGAGAAUUGGCAGUUCUCCACAAGAGGAACUCUUCAAGUUGGAGACGGUUCAGUAACAAUGAGUUCCAGAGUUUGUCCACGCAAUUUUCCUCAGGCAAUCUAGUAGGAAAGGGAGGGUGCAGCAAGGUCUACAAGGUUUUGCUCCCACAUGGCAAGCCACUGGCUGUGAAGAUCUUAAAAACAUCUGAGGAAGCAUGGAAAGAAUUUCUUUUGGAGGUUGAGAUCAUAAGUUCUUUAGAGCACAAGAACAUUAUUUCUUUAGUUGGUGUUUGUGUUGAGGACAACAGUCUCAUUUCUGUAUAUAAUUUCUUACCCAGGGGAAGCCUGGAAUAUUACCUUCAUGGUAGAAAAGGAAAGACCCCACUUCCAUGGAAGCUCCGAUUUAAGAUAGCUGUGGGUGUCGCAGAGGCAUUGAAUUAUCUGCACAACGGAUGUUCUAGACCGGUCAUACACAGAGAUGUCAAAUCUUCUAACAUUCUUCUUUCAGAUGAUUUUGAGCCACAGUUAUCUGAUUUUGGCCUCGCAAUUUGGGCGCCUACAACUUCAAGUGAGAUUACACACUAUGAUGUCUUCGGGACUUUUGGGUACCUCGCACCUGAGUAUUUCAUGUAUGGGAAAAUGAGUGACAAGAUUGAUGUUUACUCUUUUGGUGUUGUUCUUCUUGAGCUUCUCUCAGGAAGAAAACCAAUCAGUAAUGACAAUCCAAAGGGCCAAGAGAGCUUGGUCAUGUGGGCGACAGCAAUACUGGAAGAAGGAAAUCCAGUUGAACUUAUUGAUCCGUGCUUGGCUGGAAAGUACGAUGAGGACCAAAUAAGGAGAACGAUGAUGGCUGCAUCCCUCUGUAUAAGAAGGACAGUUCAUCGGCGUCCACAGAUUAAUCUGAUAUUAAAGCUGCUAAAAGGAGAUGGUGAUGUGAUCAACUGGGCAAGACAACAACUUUCCAACUCCAAGGAGCCAAAGAACCAGGAUGAGGAAGCAUGUCUGCCUCCUGAUAUCCGCUGCCAUCUUGGUGUCGCACUGCAUGAUGUAGAAGAAGAUGCUCUCUCAGCCUGCAGCAUUGAGCAAAAUAACCAUCAAUUUAUUGAAACCUAUCUGCAAGGAAGAUGCAGCCGUUCGUCGAGCUUCGAGAGAACGGCAAGCAGAUUGUUUGAGGACAACUUCAUUUCAAACCACAAACCAACGGUACACAUGAUCAGAGCAAGUUUAUGAAAAGUCGGUCUCUCAAGCAAAUUGGGUAGCAGAAAGAUUUAAGCAAACCAGCUGAAUAUAUCAGAAACAAAACUGUUUCCUGAAUUGACAUAGAGGAAAUUAUAUGUUCUCUGAAAACAGAGAAAAUCAACAUAUAGAAGAAGGAAGAUGACACUCAUGCCCCACUCAACCAGGUGGUGCAUCAAAAGUUUGUUACGUCGUUCGGCUAUCAGAAGUUUCUUGCGUCGUUCGGCCAAUGAAGACCAAGUUUCGCAACAUUGCUUAGACACCAUGGGAUCAUUUGAGAUAUUAAACAUUUCACAGAGUCCGAUCAAGGACUCUAUUCUGAUCAAUCAUGAACCAGAUUCCUCAAACAAAAGAUGUUAAAAAACUUUCAGUCUUAAAAGGCCUGAAUAGUAUUUGUCUGAUAUCAGAUGUUCAUUUUAGUAA